GUAACCUAAAUGGUAAGGCAAACAUUUUUUUUAGAUCAACCUACUAUAUCCGCAUGGUAGACAUGUACAACCAAAGGUUACAAAAAGUUCUUACUUAGACUCUAGUCCUCAACAACGAGGAGCUCAAAACACGAGAAAGAAAACUCUAAGAUAAAGAAAAUAAUUAGAAGAUUAAGAUUCAUUCUUCUUCUUCAUCCAUGCUUCGUCCUUGCGUUGUCUUCGUGCUUAUCAUGCCAUCACAUAUUUCGUCUGCUUAGAAGGACUUGGAAUAUUUGUCUUUUAUCGCUCGUACAACAGACUCCGUCUUUAAGUAACGAAGGUCAGGUCAAAGGACUUCCAAGACGACGCUUCCAAGAAGGACACGACGUCGAGUUGACGUCGCCGCUUAGUAGAUCAUUAAUAUUGCAGAGAGCGUCACAGCAAACACCUCAACCGAGAAAAAUGAUGCCCAAUGGACACCGUAGGUACUAACACCGAUACUAAUUGGGGAAAGUUUUCGCUCGUAACUCCCCACGUCAUCACCCAACAAGAAAUUUGCGGGAUGUUCUUGUGGUCAAACCUUCCGAACCAUCCCGCGUAGUGGAGCUGACACCACCAGUCACCAGAAGGCACGGAAGACGCAAAGGCUGCCGUGCGCCGAUCGCGGACGCCGGUCACUGCCGAGUAGGGGCUGCUCUGGGCCGCCGCCGCCACAGCCAGUAGGUCGAGGACGCUGGCCACAUGAGUAUGGCGCAGCAAGACUCCUCCUCCUCCACCGAGCAGGGCCAACGCCCAGCCGCCGCCGCUGCCACCGUCAACGCCAGCGCCGUCCACGCCAGGCCCGGCCCGGUGCGCUGCCGCGUCGGGGCCGCUUGCCGGCCGCGCCGAGUAGCGGCCGCCUAGAGCCGCCGUCACCACAGCCAGCAGGCCCCGGGCCGCCAGCCGCCACCGAGCAGGGGCCACCCCGGGCCGCCGCCUCCAUAGCCAGCAGAUUCCGGUGCCUUGGUCAGCAACCGCGCCGAUGAAGGCAUGACCGUGCCCGGGCAGACCCGGGCCACCGCCACCAGGAUCUGCACCGCCACCGACGGAACCGGCAGCCACCGACGUUGGGGAAAAGAGGACUCCGAGCAACUGGGGGAGAGGGAAAGGGAGAAAGGAGAUGGGGGAGGGGAAGGGGCUGUGGAAGGGGGCCGCCGCCACCGCCGCGGCGGGCGGCGGCGACGGCCGGCUGGGUCGCUGGUUUGGGGGCCGAGGGGCGGCGGGAUGCGUCGCCCCCGAGCCGUCGUCUCUUGGAGACGACGCGAGGGCCGGCGGAAAAAAAAGAAUCCCCCGGCAAGGCAAACUAUGCAGCACACUAGAACUACAACCUGCCAAAAAGAGAGAAAAUUUCCAAAACACGAAACGGGAGCGAAUGGAAGACCUGGUCAAGUCUAGUGCAUCAGUACAGAGAACACACACACACACAUGGAAUUAGAUGUCAGGGUCAAACCGGUCACAGCUGAAGCAUGAGCAACCUGCAAAGUCCCUGCAACAGGUUCAUUUCAUCCUGCAGGCAAUCUCACGAUGUCAUCUGACCCCCCUUCCUAACCUCCACCAACAAACAAUGGUGACCAAAAUUAAAGCACCAGAUUCCCUCCUAAACAACCUUCAAAACCACUACUUAAACCCCCCCGCCAUUGAAAUGCCGCUAAAAGCAUAAUCUCCCUGCUGGCCUCGAAAAGCAAAAAAACACCGAGAAGCCAUCACAAUAUUCUCCUGGACCUCCGAAGAAAAAACUACCGCGAUGGACAUCAAGAAGAGAUCCUCAUCGCCAUUGCUUUCCCUGCUUCUGCUUCUCAUCAUUGCCGCGGACAGCGCCGCGGCGCAGGUGUUCUGCCGGUCGCAGUUCAACCUGGCCAACGAGGCCUGCAGCCUGCGCAACUUCGGCGGGCCCAACCCGGCGCGGCCGCUGGAGCUCCACAGCAACAGCUCCUCGGCGGCGUCCUACGAGCUGCAGGCGGAGCACCACGACCACCACGAGCACCACCACGAGCACGAGCACGAGCACGAGCGGGAGCACACCGCCCACAGCCGGCGGCACGGCCUCGGGCACGGUGGCCGCGACCCCUACGACACCGCCUGCUGCCGCCGCCUCAUGGGCAUCGACAACGCCUGCAUCUGCCAGGCCAUGUCCUUCCUCCCGGUGUUCAUGAGCAAGGUCAAGCACGCCAUCAAGCUCAGCCCCGUCCCCGGCUGCGACGUCUCCUUCGAGUGCGGCGCCAUCUGAUCAACUCACGGCGGCCGGCCAUGGUGGCGGUCACUUUUGAUACAAAAUAAACUGUUUCUUGGAUAUAGUGACAACUGUGCUUCAUCUGCAUUUUGAAUUAGAGUGUGUGGUAGCUUUAGAGAUAUAUGUAGUUCGUUCGCUAUAUAUACUGCAUUGGGAAAAAUCAUGCAUAAUAUUCUCUCGAAGUAAUGUUCUUGGAUAUAGUGACAACUGUGCUUCAGAUAGCUUGCAGCGCAUGGUGUUGCAGAGAUGCACAAACUCUUCGUCUUGUCACAACUUCAACUUGUAAUGGCAAUUUACAAA